UGUUAAUGUACCGAGGUGAGGCUCUAGAAGAUUUCACUGGCCCAGAUUGUCGUUUUGUGAAUUUUAAAAAAGGUGAUCCUGUGUAUGUCUACUAUAAACUGGCAGGGAGAUCACCUGAAGUUUGGGCAGGAAGUGUUGGACGUAUUUUUGGAUAUUUUCCAAAGGAUUUAAUCCAGGUAGUCCAUAAAUAUACCAAAGAAGAGCUACAAGCUCCAACAGAUGAGACAGAUUUUGUUUGUUUUGAUGGAGGAAGAGAUGAUUUUGAUAAUUAUAAUGUAGAAGAACUUUUAGGGUAUUUGAAAUUGUAUGAUUCUGCAACUGGAGAUUCUGAGAAAGCUGUAGAAAAAACUUCUCAGCAUGUGGAACAAUCUCCUGAAGUAUCUAAGGAACAAGAACCUGAACUUAAACCAGUAGAAGCUGACUCAGAGGAAAGUGCAAGUGUAUUUUCAGAAAACCCCAAGGAUCUCAUGGAACCAUUAAUGACUCAGAAGAACCACCCCCAUGCAAAUAGUCAAGCAGAUAAUGCUCAGGGAGAGCAGUCUUCAUUUGAAUCUUUUGAAGAAAUGUUGCAAGAUAAACUAAAAGUGCCAGAGAGCGAAAACAACAAAACCAGCAAUAGUUCUCAGGUCUUCAGUGAACAGGAGAAGAUUGAUGCUUAUAAACUUUUGAAAAAAGAAAUGACUCUAGAUUUGAAAACCAAAUUUGGCUCAACUGCUGAUGCACUUGUAUCUGAUGAUGAGACAACCAGACUUGUUACUUCAUUAGAAGAUGAUUUUGAUGAGGAAUUGGAUGCUGAGUAUUAUACAAUUGAAAAGGAAGAAGAGGAGAGUCAGGAAGACUUUGAUGAGCUGCCAUUACUAACCUUCAUAGGUGGAGAAGAUAUGAAACCUCCGGUGAAGUCUGGAGUUGACAAAUAUUCAACAGAUAAAGAGCAGAAUUCAAAUAAAGAGGAUAAGGUUGAGAUAACUGUGUCUGCUGGUGUCAAAAAUGACGAUAAAAAUAUUCAAAAAACCUGGGGGGAUACAAUCUUCUCCAUUGUCACAGGGGGUGAAGAAAACACAGGUAUGAUGGAUUUAGACAGCACUAAUUCAGAGGAAGAAAAGGAAGAUGAUGAUGAGUUAGUCCCAGAUGGCAAACAGGGGAAAUCACCAUCAACAACAGAUUAUACUGACCCUGAAAAUGUAGAUGAUGGUCUUUUGAUGGUAGAAGUCCCUAAAACAAAUAAUGAUAGAGACCCAGAAAUGGACACAGAACUUCACAUUGAAGGAAACGGGAGGAAAGUUCAAGAACCCAAAACAGGCCUGGUUCAAGAUGAGUUGGAAUUAGAGGAUGAGAAACAAGAAGAGAUGACUGUGCACAGUUCUACUCAAAGCAAUAACCCCAGCUAUUUGCCAGCUGCCGAAACGGGUAAAGACGUAUUAAAAUCAUCCAUUGAUAACAAAGAAAAUGACUUAAAAGAAAUAGCAGUUCAUAUCUCAGAAGGAAUGCUCCAUGAAGAGAAGCAUGGAGAACAGAUUUUGGAAGGUGGCUCAGAGAGUGACUCCACACAUAAAGCAGCAGGGAAUCAAAUGAAAGAAGAAAAGAUAAAACAGGAAUCCUUGGGUAUCAUACCACUCAUGGGAAAUAAUCAGCGUAAUGUGUCCAACAGCAGCAUGGAGGAAGGUGUCUUGGUAAGUGGACCAAAACCACACAUGCUUUCAGUGGAGCAUCAGCAUGAAGAAUUUAAAGAGGAGCUAGUUCUUGAAACUCAAACCCAACCUGGAUUCCCUUCUCCAGAUGAAUUGCCAAGAAAAUUGGAAGAAGAGGUUCCCAGCCUGGGAAGAAAUCUUUCCUGGCAACAAGAAAGAGAUGCAUCUGUGUCUGUCAAUAAGCAAAUGAAUGAGAAGCUAAAGCUCUCUGAGGAAGAGGUCAAAGAGGACUCCUUGGAUGACAGGUUUGUUUACCACAGGGCAAUGCAGGACACACAGGAAGUAGGAAAAACAGAUCAAACUGAUAGUUCAGAAGUACCAGGUUUCCAUACCGAAAAUCCAGAAGCAGAAGAGGAUGAUUAUCCCCCUGAAGAGCUACUGGAGGAUGAAAAUGCUGUAAGUGCAAAACAGUCUAAAGGAAAAAACCCUGGGAUUCAGGACAGGCCAUUAAAUGUUAAUCUGAAGGUCCCUGAAAUAGUUUUAGGGACCAUUAAUCCUGAUCUAGAAACUGAAGGAAACAAACAAACUGUUAUGAUUUUGGAUAGUGAAAAAAAAAGUGAAACCAUAGCCAAAGGGAUUGACAAAACAAUCAGGGAACCAGAUAAUAUGGUGGUGGGAAGAGAGGUGCGCUCUCAGGUAGAUGGGCGCACACUGACACCAUCCGAAGUAAGUGACUUUACUGACAAGACAAAAACUCAGACUGCAGAGUUAGGUGAAGUGUUCCAGAAUAAAGAUUCUGAUUAUCUGAAGAAAGAUAACCCCGAGGAACAUCUGAAGAUCCCAGGGCUUGCAGAGGAGCCUGGGGAAGAAGGACUCUCAAAAGAGCACCUUGAGGACAUAGAGAAAUUCAUGGGCACAGAAAGCCAGGGAUCUGCUUCUGAAGAACUUGAAGACGACCUGUUCCACUGGAUUCCACAUACAACUGUAGAGCCAGAACAUGGUGACAAGAGAAAGGAAUUGCCUAUUAUAAGCAGCUUCUUUACAGAACAGCAGUCUUUGCAGCGGCUCCAGAAGUACUUUGAUGUCCGUGUGCUGGAAACCUUGCUGCAAGAAUUGUCAUUAAAGCUGAAGUCAGUCCAGCAGGAGAGCCUGCCUUACAAUGUGGAGGAAGUCCUAGAUAAGGUCUUCCAUGCUUCUGGGUCACAGAUUCUGAACAAAGCAGAGGAAAUGCUCAAUACUCAUGUGGCCAAGAACAGAGAUCUGGGAAUAAAGGAAGAUAACAUAUUGGAAGAGGCUGCAGUGCUAAAUGACAUUCAAGAUCUGAUCUAUUUUGUCAUGUAUAGGCAUGCCACAGAAGGGGAGACGGCCACUCUGGUGAUGGCACCUCCUCUAGAGGAAGGCUGGGGUGGACCAACAGAAGAGAUGCAACCACCACACGGAGAUAAUUUCCCACAAGAGAACAUGGAAGAUCUUAAUAUACAGGUUCCUGAAGAGCCCAUGAACUUGGACCAGGCUGCAACCAGGGACGUGGAUGCCUCAGGAGUGUCACAGACACUGGAUACUGAGAAAGACUUGAAUCCAGGGCCAGUUACAACAGAAGGCACUCCCACUGAUGCAAAAAAGCCACUAGAGACAAAUGCUGAAGAGCCAGCAAGUGUUACACCUUUGCAAAAUGCAAUCAUUUUCAUAUAUUCAAUCAUGUUUUAUUUAACUAAGAUGGUAGUUGCUACAUUGCCUGAUGGUGUUCAGCCUGGGCCCGAUUUUUAUGGAUUGCCAUGGAAACCUGUACUUAUCACUGCCUUCUUGGGAAUCGUUUCAUUUGCUGUUUUCUUCUGGAGAACUAUCCUUGUUGUAAAGAAUAGAGUAUAUCAAGUCACUGAACAACAAAUUUCUGAGAAGUUGAAGACGAUCAAGAAAGAAAAUGCAGAACUUGUACAAAAAUUGUUGAAUUAUGAAAAGAAGAUCAAGGAAUCAAAGAAACAUGUUCAAGAUACCAAGAAACAAAAUAUGAUUCUCUCUGAUGAAGCAAUUACAUAUAAGGAUAAGAUUAAGAAACUUGAAGAAACUAAAGAAGUUCUGGAUGAGAGAGCUAAACGUCUUCAUGUUAUGUUAGAAUCUGAGCGAGAACGGAAUGUCAAGAAUCAGGACUUGAUAUUGGAAAAAAAGAAAUCUAUAGAGAAGUUAAAGGAUGUUAUUUCAAUGAAUGCCUCAGAAUUUUCAGAGGUUCAAAUUGCACUUAAUGAAGCCAAGCUUAGUGAAGAGAAGGUGAAGUCUGAAUGCCAUCGAGUUCAAGAAGAAAACGCUAGGCUUAAGAAGAAGAAAGAGCAGUUGCAGCAGGAAAUUGAAGACUGGAGUAAAUCACAUGCUGAGCUUAGUGAGCAAAUCAAAUCAUUUGAGAAUUCUCAGAAAGAUUUGGAAAUAGCUCUUACUCACAAAGAUGAUAAUAUCAAUGCUUUGACUAAUUGUAUUACACAGCUGAAUCGGUUAGAGUGUGAAUCUGAAUUUGAGGGUCAAAAUAAAGGAGGAAAUGAGUUGGAUGAAUUAGCAAAUGGAGAAGUGGGAGGUAACCAGAAUGAGAAGAUGAAAAAUCAAAUUAAGCAGAUGAUGGAUGUCUCUCGGACACAAACUGCAAUAUCAGUAGUUGAAGAAGACUUAAAACUUUUACAGUAUAAACUAAGAGCCUCGAUGUCCACUAAAUGUGACCUCGAAGACCAAAUAAAGAAACUAGAAGAUGACCGCAAUUCACUGCAGUCUGCUAAAGCUGGACUGGAAGAUGAAUGCAAAACUCUGAGGCAGAAAGUGGAGAUUCUGAAUGAACUCUAUCAGCAGAAGGAGAUGGCUCUGCAAAAGAAACUGAGUCAAGAAGAGUAUGAGCGGCAAGAAAGAGAGCAGAGGCUGUCAGCUGCAGAUGAGAAGGCCGUUUUGGCUGCAGAGGAAGUAAAAACUUACAAGCGGAGAAUUGAAGAAAUGGAGGAAGAAUUACAGAAAACAGAACGCUCAUUUAAAAACCAGAUUGCUACUCAUGAAAAGAAAGCUCAUGAUAACUGGCUCAAAGCUCGUGCUGCAGAAAGAGCUAUAGUUGAAGAGAAAAGGGAAGCUGCCAAUUUAAGACACAAAUUAUCAGAAAUAAGGCAAAAGAUGGCAAUGCUGCAAGAAGAACCUGUGAUUGUAAAACCAAUGCCAGGAAGACCAAAUACCCAAAACCCUCCACGGAGAGGUCCUCUGAGCCAGAAUGGCUCUUUUGGUCCAUCACCUGUGAGUGGUGGCGAAUGCUCCCCUCCACUGACAGUGGAGCCACCUGUGAGACCUCGUUCUGCUACUCUCAGUCGAAGAGAUAUGCCUAGGAAUGAAUUUGGAUCAAUGGAUGGGCCUCCAACUCGUCCUCGAUGGUCAUCUGAGGCACCUGGGAAACCCUCUGCUUCUGAUCCAGGAUCUGGUACAGCUGCCAUGAGGAACAGCAGCUCAAGAAGCUCUUCCCCUACUAAGGUGAUGGAUGAAGGCAAGCAAACUGUUCUCCAAGAGCCUGAAGGUCCCUCAGUUCCCAGCAUCACACCUUUGGCUGAGCAUCCAGUAGCAGUUAAUAUGGCUGCAAAAGGCCCUCCCCCUUUCCCAGGAGUACCUCUGAUGAGUCCCCCCGUGGGAGGCCCUCUACCACCACCCAUUCGAUACGGACCACCUCCUCAGCUCUGUGGACCUUUUGGGCCUCGGCCACAUCCUCCACCAUUUGGUCCUGGUAUGCGUCCACCAGUAGGCUUAAGAGAAUUUGCACCAGGCAUUCCACCUGGAAAACGGGACCUGCCUCUUGACCCUCGGGAAUUCUUACCAGGGCACACACCAUUUAGACCUUUAGGUCCUCUUGGCCCAAGAGAGUACUUUAUUCCUGGUACCCGAUUACCACCCCCAACCCAUGGUCCCCUGGAUUACCCACCACCACCUGCUGCCAGAGACUUAUUACCUGCAGGCUCUAGAGAUGAGCCUCCACCUGCUUCUCAGAGCAGUAGCCAGAACUGUUCACAGGCUUUAAAACUGAGCCCGUAAUUUUGACCUCUGACAUUUAGUUGGAGAGGAAGUGGACUGUGCACUAUUCAUUACAGUAAAUGAUUUCAUUGGCUUCAAAAUCCAAAAGUUUAUUUUAAAAGGUUUGUUUUUAAGUCUAAGCUGCCUUGGCAGUAUGCAUUUUUGAGCCAAACAAUUAAAAAAUAUAAUUUCUUCUACAGAAAAAUCACCUCUUAAGCUAGAGCAUCCUUACAACUUUGAAAUGUGCAAUAAGGAAUACCUGUGUUUUAGCGAAUGUAGCAUAUGUAAUUGCUAAGUGAUUUAAAAUGUCAUGAAAGAUAUGAACAUUUCCUGUGGAAAUGCUUUAAGAACAUGUGUUUCCAUUAUCCUAUUUUUAGUGUACACCAGCUGAAUACAGAGCAAUGGUGUUUAUAAGCUUAAUUUGUUUUUUAAAUAUUUGGUCGCAAAGACUGUUACGCUAAAAAUGUUUACUAAAAGAUCACUAGACUUUAUCUCCCCUCUUGCUGAAGUUCUUUGUAGUAAUAGUUCAUAAAAAUUUGUUUAUUAAUAUUU